GCCAUUGUAGUAUGGUAGCUUGUAGUUGGUGAGUGGCGAGUGUGACCGGCUGGAUCGAAUUAAAAGUAGUAAUAGUGUUUAAAAAUCUGUGUGAAAAAUAGCAUGAGAAUGUUGCGACUAAAACAAGAAAUUAUGGAUGAUGACGAAAAAGGCAAGCUCUUUGUAGGAGGAUUAUCCUGGGAGACAACUCAGGAUAACUUACAAAGAUAUUUCUCUCGAUACGGAGAAGUAAUUGACUGUGUGGUUAUGAAGAACGCUGAAUCGGGAAGAUCAAGAGGAUUUGGAUUUGUUACAUUUGCUGAUCCUGCUAAUGUAAAUUUAGUUUUGCAAAACGGACCACAUACACUAGACGGAAGAACAAUUGACCCCAAACCUUGCAAUCCCAGAACAUUGCAGAAACCUAAGAAAGGUGGAGGUUAUCCCAAAGUAUUCUUGGGAGGUUUACCAUCUAACGUUACAGAAACUGACCUCAGAAGUUUUUUUACACGCUUCGGAAAAGUAAUGGAAGUUGUCAUUAUGUACGAUCAAGAAAAGAAAAAAUCCAGAGGAUUUGGUUUCUUAUCAUUUGAAGAUGAGGAGGCGGUGGAUAGAUGCGUCUCAGAACAUUUUGUUAAUUUAAACGGCAAACAAGUAGAAAUCAAAAAAGCCGAACCACGUGAUGGAUCUGGUGGAAAUAAAAUGGGCGGCGAUCCGGCUUCAGCUUGGGGACCGCCACAAGCACCUAUGGGUAUGAUGCAAGGUCCGAAUGGACAGAUGGGCGGACCACCGAUGAAUUUGGCAGCACCGAUGGGCCCUAACAUGAUGCAAAGUUAUCAAGGUUGGGGUACUUCGCCUCAACAACAAAGUUAUGGUGGUUAUGGAACGCCUUCGGGACCCGGAUCUUAUCAAGGCUGGGGCGCCCCGCCUGCGCCACAAGGGCCUCCUCCGCAAUGGGGUAAUAAUUAUGGUGGACCGCCACAACAACAAGGUUAUGGUUCUUAUGGUGAGUAUGGACCCAACGCUGGUAGCGGCGCUGCUAGUUGGAACAGCUGGAACAUGCCUCAGAAUAGUGCUUCAACUGGCCCAUCAGGUUACAUCGCCAGCGAUAUCUAUUCAAGGGGACAAUCCGGACCAGGUGGUCCGGGCACUCCAAGUGGACCGCCUAAUAUGUCAUCAUCUGGUACCAAUUCCAAACCGGGCUCAGAUUAUAACUACGCAGGUUACGGAUCUUAUUCGACGGAGGCGGGUUAUGGCGCUCCACCUAGAUCGUACGGUAGCGACGCUGGAUCUCAAGUAGGAGGAUAUUCGUCGCAACCCCCAAAUCCAGAUUUUCAUUCGGCCCUAAAAGAAAUGCAGUUGCACUGAAAAAUUUAACUUGACGUAUCUCGAAAGAAUGGAAUAAACCGGUGGAAAGAUAUCGGAUGAUUUUUUUUUCAAAUUCAUUAAAUUUGUAUAUUUAUUAGAUAUAUCGAGUUUUCUUAGUGUAGCGAUUUUCCUCCGCCUACGUUCUACGAUUUGAAUGCCUUUCUUAUAUCUUAUUUCUAAAUGAUCCCGUACUAUAAUAAUUUCGAAAAUUUCGGGGGAGUAUGUAGACGCAAAUCUACCACUAGUGACGCACGCAGUUACAUUAUAUGGUCCUUCGAGCCUUCAUACACAUCGCCGGUUCAUAUCCGGCUCGAAGGACCAGAAUUGAUAAUUGUAGAGUGUAGUUUAACGCUUACAAUUUGUAGACAUUGAAUAUUUAUGAUUAAACUGAACUUUAUAAUCGCAAUUUAUGGUCCUUCGAGCCGGGAACGGUAUAUGGAGGCCGGAAGGACCAUAUAAUGUGAUUGUUUACUAGACUGGGCCGAUUUAUAUCUGUUUUAACGAUACUGUGAUAACGGGAUCCACAAAAUUUAAAUUCUUAAACUUAACUUUAUAAUCCCAAUUUAUGAACCUUCGAGCCGGAAACUAUAUAUGAAGGCUCGAAGGACCAUAUAAUGAUUGUUUAUUAGACUGGGCCGAAAAAAAACGACUAUUUUUGUUAACCAUAUUGUGAUUGGAUGAUCGACAAAACUUUACCACUUAAAUUGAACUUCAGGAUCGUAAUUUAUGUUCCUUCGAGCCGGAAACGGUAUAUGAAGGCUCGAAGGACCAUAUAAUGGGAUUGUUCAUUAGACUAAAGCAAAAAAAACGACUAUUUGUUUUAACGAUACUGUGAUGAAAGGAUUGACAACUUCUUAAAUUGAACUUUACAAUCGCAUUUUAUGGCUCCUCCGAGCCGGAAAAUCAAAUUUUUUGAAUACGAUAAGCGGUUAUACCGAGAUGAAGUCACUGAUAUCUUUUUGAAUUUAACUCCAAUGUCGAGUAACUUUGAAAUGAUUAAAAAAUCAAUAUUCCUAACUAUACACCCCUUAAUAUUAUUAUUAAGGAAUCAAUCUUUCAUGAUAAUUUUUUUUAUCGUCAUGAAUGAUAUUUUCACGAUAUCGUUAAAAAAUAGUCGUUUUUUUUUGGUCUAUUCUAAUAAAAUAAUUACAUUAUGUGGUCCUUCGAACCUUCAUAUAUAGUGUCCGGCUCGAAGGACCAUAAAUUGCGAUUAUAAAGUUCAGUUUAAGGGGUUCAGUUACGUCGAUCCUAUUGGAUCGAUGUAACUUAACCAUUGAAUUUGAGGUUAUGUAUAAUUAAAAAGUGUGUGGAUUGUAUCUCGCAUAUUCGUAUUCGAGAAUUAGUAAUUAAGAAAUUACGCAUUUUAUUUUGGUAUUUAUAGCAUACGAUACGAGACUUGGGGUAUUGUUUCGAUAUAAAAGUUAGCAAAUUUAUGUACUUACACGUUAACUUUAGUAAUUUCUUAGUACAAAAUAUUUAUAAGUGCAAAUUAUUCACAGAGUGUAUACAUAAAAACGAAAGUACGAUAUUCCGUUUUGACGGGUAUUUUAAAUCUAUGAACCGUUUCACUCUUCUAUGGGACAUUCUGUAUUCAAUUGCUGCAUACCAAACAGUUUGUAUACCGGAAAUAGUAGAACCUACCAUUUCUAGUUCGAAGGACCAGAAAGUUGAAUUUUCUAUUUCUAGUUUCUAAAAUAAUUUCAAAUAUCUAAAUUACGAUUUUUGUAAAUUACUCAAAAUUACACUUUCUGGUCUUUCGAUCCGGAAAUGGUAGGCUCGAAGGAACAAAGUCUAAUUUUGAGAAGUUUAUAAAAAUUGUUAAUUAAAUAUUUUUUAAUUUAGAAUUACUUUAGAAUUUUCGAGUUUCUAGUCUUACAUCCAUAGUCAAAAUUACACUUUUUGGUUCUUCGAGCUUACCAUUUCCGGCUCGAAAGACCAAAAAGUGUAAUUUUGAGUAAUUUACAAAAAUCGUAAUGUAGAUAUUUGAAAUUAUUUUAGAAACUAGAAAUAGAACAUUCAACUUUCUGGUCCUUCGAGCCGGAAAUGGUGGCUCGAAGGAGCAGAAAAUGUAAUUUCAUGUAUCACUUAUUUAUAUACAUAACAAUCUGAAUUUUUUCGAAUUGUACGUUGAAAUGGAAGUAUUAUUGUUGUUACACUCUGUAUAUUACAUUUAAAUAAGGAAAACUUUUAAAAAUAGCAAUAAUAUUUAAGUAUAGCUAAUUAUAUGAAUUAAACCUCGUCCGUUCGUCCACAUUUCGCCAUUUUUUUGUUGUUGUAAUUAUAAAUUAACUAAAAAAUCUAAUAAUGUGGAAUUAAAUUUUUGCAAGCAUUUUUCUAAAUAAGUUAGGUUAACAGUAACUUUAAAAUCAAGGAAAAUUAUAUUUAGUGUAUAAAAACAUUCUGUCUGUCUGUAUAUACCUGUCUGUCUAUCUAAUCAAAUAGUAAUUGACGUUUUAUUUUUAUUUUUUUCUAUUUUUUUCGUCUCCCCAUUUUUUUUCAUUUUAACUUACAAUUAUUAUAUAUUUUUUGUGACAAUCUAUUUUAAGCAAUGUUCUAUAGAAUCAUAGCUAUUGUCUAGUUUUUAAAAAUCGGUGUCGACACACAGACCAAUAUACUAGAAAUUUUUUUAAAAAUUUCUCAUCUUAAUCUAGAUAAUAAUUGACAAAAAAAAUGUUAUAUGCCAUCGAUUUUUUUUCCUUUUUUGUAAUAUAGUCCAAGCGCUAUCCGCACACCUCCAUUUUUAUGUACCCUAUUUUUGUUUACGAGAUGUGCCCCCCCUCUAUUUCCCACCCCAAAAUGAAAAAAUAUAUUCGUCUUGAAUUGGUUUAUAUAUAUAUAUAUAUAUAUAUAUAUAUAUAUAUAUAUAAAAGUAAUUUAAUGUAGAUGGUAAUUUUUUUUGUUUCGUUCUGUUGACAUUUGAUUUUUUUGACCCAGGGCUGGACUUGGAAGUUAAUCCUAUUUAAAUAAAAUUACGAUUUUGUUUUUUUUAUUGAUUUUUUUUAUUUUCGAGCUGUUCCUCUAUUCCAUCACUCACCAAAGGUACCCCAACGAUCUUUGUUUUAUUUUCUAAUUAAAAUUUGUUUAUUUAUAUUCUCUAAAAAUUUAUUUUAGUACCCCACUGGAUUUUUUAUAUGUUCAAAUGGGAUUCGAUUAUGAAAGUAUUGAAAUUAAAUGAGUAUUUAUAUUUAUAUUUUUGAAAUUUGAUUUUUUUUCAAAAUUUCGACAAAAUAUUUGUGUUUUGGUUUAUUUUUGAGCAAUUACUCAAUUUCUAUGAGUCCUAAAAGCACUAGGCGUAAUUUUUUCUUCAAAAUUCGUUUAAUAACUUUUUUUAUUUUUUGAAAUAUAUUUAUUGCAGUACAGGAUUUUCAUGUAUAGAAGUGGACUUUAAAUUGAAAUAAAUUUAAAAAUCUGACAGUUAAAUGGAAGCAAAAUUGAAAAAUAUUACAAUUUAGUUUAUAUUUGAAAAAUAUCAAAAAUGAAGAAAUUAAUUAGAUUUUAAAAUUUGAACUUAUUGCAAAAAUUUUUGAAAAAAUAUUUGCGGUUCCCUCUUUUGCAUUUUUUUUCUAGUAAUAAUGAAAAAUAAAAGAUUCAGAAUAUUAUCAGUUUAUUUCAAUUUUGAAAUUGAAAAAAAUAUAAAAAAAAGUUAUUUUAAAUGAUGUCGAAAAUGAAAUUUCAUAUAUUUCCAGUUGGAAUUCGAAAAAAUUAGAAAUAAUAUUAAAUUUAUAGAUUAUAUAUACAGAGUGGUUUAACGAAACCCUAAUUUCUUAGUUAUAAAAUGUAACAAUUUUUUUGAAAAAAAACUUCAAAAAUUGGCGCGAUAAAUUAUUUUCUUUAAAAAAUUAGUUUUUACGCAAUUUCAGUUAUUUCAAAAAAAUUAUUUUUCCUUAUUCAACAACCAAAAAACAAGGAACGAGAUAAAAAUUUGAGAUAAACGAAUAAUUUUCUUUUCCGAAAUUUUUCCUUUGACACACUUCAAUUUUUCUUAAAUUUAAGGUAAAAAUUCACGAAUCGGCAUCACUGUAACACGUCAAGUUUUUGCAGUGGCGUCUUAAGCCACUCUUACAUUGCUAUGAAUUCAAAUCUUCUAGAAUUUUCCGUGAUUUCCUCCAAAUUUUUGAACGUUGUAUAAAUUUUAUGCGCAAAAUUAAGUGUCGAAUCAUAUUUUUUCAGGGUUUUUUAGCCAGUGGUUGAAAUCUGUAGAGGCUUAAUGCCUUUAGUGGAACGUCGAUGAAAACAUCUAUUAACAAUUAUAAGGUGCAUCUAAAUGUAUUUGAAUUCGUACUAAAUUAGCGCAUGGACUAUGUGAGCAAAAUUUAUUGAACUUGCGCCUUGAAUUAGUAAAAAAAAUUAUAAUAAAUAACUUAUUAGUAGCAAUUUCACAUAAGUGCUAGUUGAUUGUUUAAAAAAUCAGGUGAGUCGUAAAAUUGUCCAACACCAAUAAGGUUUAAAGAAAAUCUUUCGACCGUUCUUAGUGUAUGGAAACAUGUCGGUUUUCUGUAUAUUGAAAAAAAAAGUUUCGUAUUGUUGCAUCCUUCAUUUGUUGACAAAAUCUAUUUUUUUGAAAUUUUUUUCAACGAGACUUCAUCUAAAAUCAAAAAAUUAUUCACAAAAUAUAUUUAUUGACAAUUCUACGAUUUUUUUUUUCGAAAAAUGACGUCAAAAUAAUAUUUGUGAGGUAAGCCUCGCUCACAUUAACCGGUAGUUCCGAGUCCGGUUCGUCUCCGGUAUAAACGACUCAAUAAAAAAUCAAAAAAGAAUCAAAAAGAUGGUGGAUGUAUAAAUUCAUCAAAAUUGAUUCUAAUCGAGAUUUUCACCAUAUUUCUACGGGGCGUAUACGAAAAGUAAUGCUGUAUUUAAAAACUUACAAUUUAACAUUCUUUUUUAAACUUAUUUUCGUAAAAUGACGACGAAAUAAUAUUUGUGAGGUUAUGUUUCAACUGAGAAUCAACGGUAGAUUGAAAUUUUUUUGUUUCGAUAACUUUUAUUAGGUCGUGGUGAAAGCUCUGGUUUACACUAACUGGUAGUUUCGGGACCGGUUCUUCUCUGGUAUAAACGACGCAAUAAAUGAUCAAAAAAAAAACCAAUAGGAUGGUGGAUGUUAUAAAUUCAUCAAAAUUGAUUCUAAUCGAGAUUUUUAUCAUCUUUCUACGGGGUAUAUACGAAAAGUAAUGCAUCGAGAGCUGUAUUUAAAAAGUUUAAAUUUUCUUUUUCAUUAUUUUUUUUAUUAAAAUCCCUUAAAGAAAAGUUUUUGAGAGUUAUGUUUUCACAAAAAGGUUUAUUUUUCAGUUUGUCCUUAUACGGCUACUCCACCGUUGCGGUAUAUCGUAUCGUGUGUGUCGAGCUUAAACAGUCUGUAAAUAAUGAAAAAAAAAUCAUCUCAAAAUCUAUCCAUUUUCUAUAUUAGACGGUCUCAAUGUUAUAGAGUCGUUCUAAAAAGGAUAUUACAUUGUAACAUAUGGAAUCACGUGGUUUAUGGAUCCCAAUAGAGAAAAAUGGUUUGUAAAACCACGAAUCACGAAUUUGUACAAAAAUGUUUUUUUUUUUAAUUUUUUCUUCACUAAAAUACGCAAAAUAAAAGUUUUUGAGGUUAUGUUUUCGUUGUAGCAUAUCGAAUGUAUAUAUUUACACGUGAUUUACAGAUUCCAAUAGGAUGAAAUGGUUUUUAAAAUUAUAAAUCGCGCAUUUUUGUACGAAAAAUGUUUUUAAUAUCCAUUAUUUUCCCAUUGAAAUGCGUUAAAUGAAAGUAUUUGAGGUUAUGUUCGCGCAAACAGGUUUAUUUUGCAAACUAUGACGUUACUUGUUCUGGUAAACGUUCACUGCCAUUCGGCUUACAGUUGCAGUUAAUUUUUCGAAAAUAUUAAUCAGUUUUUUAUAGAUUUAAUUAGCCCAUUUGGUUUUUUAUAAUUUUAGACAAAAUUAUUUGAAAAAAAUAAUAAUAAUAAUGGAACCGUAUUUUCCAUGACAAAAAAAAUUAUUUUCAUUUUAUGAAUUUAGUUCUCGUUGAAAAAUUUUGAAAAUUAGAUCGUGUCAAUGAUGUGAGGAUUCCUUGUAUAUUUAAUUAACAUAAUUAACAGUUUUGUUUUUUACGAGUUGUGUGAAUAAUUUGAAAAAAAAAAUUAUAUAUAUAUAUAUAUAAAAAUUAGUAUAAAAUUAGAUGACUUAUUUAGAAUAGAUAAAUGUUAAAAAAACUGCAUUUUUUUGAAUAUUUGAAUUUCCCGCUUAGAUUUUUUUAUACCGAUUUAUUGAUAGGGACUGGAAAUUUUUUAUCUAAAGAAAUAAAUACAAAUUGAAUAGAGUUCAUGUUGAAAAUAACAAAAAACUAAUAAUUUAGUGUUUAAAACGUGUCUAUGGGGUGUUGCAAAAAUUACGAAAACUUAGUAACAAAUAUCAAAUAAUUUAAAACUGGAAAUAUAUAUAUCGACAAUUUUUUUUAUCAAUUACCGAAAUUUAACGGAAUUUUGCAACAUUUUGUAGUUUCCUCAGUCUAUAAUAAAGAAAAAAUUAGAAAUAAUCGUAAUAGUUGAUAAGUAAUUUACGGGUCUAUUUGAAUGGUUGUUAGGUACUAUAUUCCCUUUCUGACGUGGUGGGGGAGCUGCUGUAAAUAAAAACAAAUAUUAAUACAAAACACUAUCAUACGAAUCGUCUACACUGGAAAAAAUAAUUAACUAUAUACACAGUCUUUUCGAUUUUUUUUCAAUUUAUUUGAAGGAAAAAGUACAAAAUCAAACUUCUGACAUUUUGUUCUAGAUCUUUUGUUUUAGUACAUUUUUUCGUCACUUAUAACAAUUUCUAUUCUAAUAUCGUCAGUUAACGUGUUAAAUAAUCAAUUAUCUGAUCAGUUUUUUCGUCGGUUUUAACAAUUUCCAUUAAAACAUCGUCAGUUAACGUGUUGAUUUAUUAAUUACCAAUCAAACUUCUGGUAAUUAGUCCUUAAUUUCUAUUUCUCGUUCAUUUUUUCGUCACGUUUAACAACUUCUAUAAUAAAAUCGUUAGUUAACGUGUUAAAUAAUCAAUUACCAAUCAAACUUCUGGUAAUUUGUCCUUAAUUUCUUUUUCUCGUCCAUUUUUUCGUCACUUUUAACAACUUCUAUAAUAAAAUCGUCAGUUAACGUGUUAAAUAAUAAAUUACCAAUCAAACUUCUGCUAAUUUGUCCUUAAUUUCUUUUUCUCGUCCAUUUUUUCGUCACUUUUAACAACUUCUAUAAUAAAAUCGUCAGUUAACGUGUUAAAUAAUCAAUUACCAAUCAAACUUCUGGUAAUUUGUCUUUAAUUUCUUUUUCCGGUUCAUUUUUUCGUCACUUUUAUCAACCUUUAUAAUUCAAUCGUCAGUUAACGUGUUAAAUAAUCAAUUACCAAUCAAACUUCUGGUAAUUUGUCUUUAAUUUCUUUUUCCGGUUCAUUUUCUCGUCCCUUUUAUCAACCUUUAUAAUUCAAUCGUCAGUUAACGUGUUAAAUAAUCAAUUACCAAUCAAACUUCUGGUAAUUUGUCUUUAAUUUCUUUUUCUCUUUUAAAUUUGGGUCACUUUUAAGAACUUCCGUUAAAACAUCGUCAGUUAACGUGUUAAAUUUCAAAUUGUUUAUUUCUAAUAGUUAUUUCGUGAAAAUUUAAAAAAAAAUAUUUGUUCGAUAAUAAUUAUUUUCUAAGGUAGUUAGAAGUUGGGUGCGUUUUGGAAAAAUAUUCUCAGAAUGUUCGUAGAUGAUUCUAUAUCUUUGUACACACGAGUAUAUUAAAAUAACUUUAUACGGAAUCCCCAGGUAUAUUUGUAGCUUCUAGACAUUACAAAAAUACUACAAUAUAAAAUUUAUUUAUUAAAUUGCUUCUAUAGUUAAUUAAAUUGUUAGUAUAUAAUUAUAAAUUUAAUUAGAGAAAGUUAAAAUUAGAUAAAAUUUGACUGAUGUACAGGUACUACUCAAUAAGUUUUAAAUUUAAAAAAAAAGAAGAAUAUAUUAUGUACAAUAAAAAAACAUCAUAAAAACCUAGGGCCUUUAAAUAUAGUGCAAUGUCUCAUGUCGUUUUUAUCUAGGUACAUAGUUCAUUAAGAUAUUUCCAUAAUUAUUUAACAUAAUUUUAAAUUAAGGGUGUACGUGUUUCUUCAAAACACACGCUGAAACAGUCAGUCCGAAAGAUGGUACAUUCAGAGAAAAAAAAUUAUAAGAGUACGUUGUGCUGAAGAAGUAUAACAACGUUGAAACUGGUCUACAAUAUUGAGAAAAAGACACGUUCCUUUGGGAAAAAUUAUCGAAAUAUACAGGGGGACAUUAUUUUUUCUUCGCUUAUACGUUUUCAUUAAGAAUAUACAGGGUCAAUUGAAUUUAUUGCUGAUUAAAUUAUUACGGAUAGAAAUAAUUUUUUUUACUAAACAAAUAUUUACUUGCGAAAGUAUCGAUUUUGUUAAAUAUACAGGGUGUUUCGGAAUUUGAUAGAAAAAAUUCGAGAGUGAAUACAUGACGUGAAAAUAAUGGUGUGAUACGAAAAAGGCGUAUAACUCAGUAACGAAGGGUGGUACGAGAAAAUUUUUUUAUGUCACAACGUUAUUUUCACGUCAUCUAUUCACUUACGAAUUUUUCGAGUCCCGGAACACCCUGUAUUCAAAGAAUGAAUUCUAUUCGUGGAUUGCCAUCUAUUGGACUGCGCAUAAACUAUUUGUUGCUCAAAGAAAAAGAAAAUAAUUCAUUUUUGUAUUAAGUUAAUGCUCUAAAAUAAUUAAAAGGAAUCGUAUACGGGGUUUACCAAAAAGUCCUCAACGGGAUCGUAAUUUUCAAACGGGCUAAGAAAAAAAAAUUUGAUAUCGAAAAAGGCCGAGAAUUUUUUUAUAAACAAAAAAAUUGAUCGUUUUGUCUAUAUACAGGCAUAUUUACGAAAAUUACGUAAUUUUUUUCCCUGUAUAUUCAAUCAAAAUUUCAUAUCACAGUUUUUUUUUAAAUGUACUACAUAGGAUAAGCGAUUUAUGGACAAGGGAUGGACAAAAUGUUAGUUGGAGGAUUCUUCUCGUUCUGCGAAAGUUUCGACCCAUAGAAACUAUAGUUUCCAGGGUUUUUUUCGACCGGAAAAUAACGAUCGCGUUUUGGUUUUUUUUUGUUAAACCCCAUAUUUAAUAUAUCAGUGUGACUUGCGUGUGUGUAAAACUUGUUUUUUAAUUCUUAAGUCAGCUAGUUACUCGAUUAUGAAAAGGUGUUAUUUAAUAAUUAAGUCAAUGUUGAAUUUUUCCCUACUUUAACUUCUUCAACCGUACUAUUCUUCGUAAUAAUGAAAAUCCUCUACCACUGUGUUUUGAAAACGAAAAAAAAUUGAGCUUGAUAGAUUUGUAUGUAUUUCAAAUAAUAUCCAGUAGAAAAAUCCAUCGAAACGUUGAUCAUCUCACGUCGGAACUAAACUAAAAUUUUUUGUAUAAAAAAACACCCAAUUUGGCGCCCAAUUCGAUCGUUUUAUUAGAAAUUUUCAACUUAGAAAUCAAUAAUCUCCUAAAUUAUUUUUGGAUUUAAUGAGACACACUGUAUAUACUUUUUGAUCGUAAUUUUAUGAAGUUCUACAGUUGGCGCCGUAUAUUUUUUAAAAUACCAUCGAAAAUCUAGAAUAAUUUGAAUUAUUUCAAAUAUAUAAUGAGACAUACUGUAUAUUUAUACCUUGGAUUGGAUUUGGUUAGAUGACGCAAAUAUUUUGUUUUUGCCCCAAUAAAUCUGUGAAAUAAUAAUGGACGAAAUUCGAAAAUUUACGAUUCUAUGAUCUUGAAAAAGCGUUCGAUCGAGUUCUAUAUCUCGAAUUAUGUUCGGUUUUUACCAAAAACAAAUUUGUUGAUAGAUAAUGAUGCUGGAAUUGGAUUUUCACCCCAAAAAAUCUGCGAUAUUAUAAAUUUAAUGAUUUCUUGAACCUGAAAAAGCGUUCGAUCGAGUCCUAUAUCUCGAAUCGUGGUUGGAUUUUUUUUUAAAAACGACUUGUAUACUGAUACCGUUAACAAAAUCAAACGCCAAAACGAACACGCCUUAGAAGAAUUAUGUAAAACGUCAAGAGACAAAAAGUGGGACAUCCUAUAGCUUCGAAUGAUAUUAUUUUCUAUAAAAGAAGAAAUUCGAUGAAACUCUGCAAUCGGGGUCGUAUAUUUAUUAAAAUACAGUCGAAAAUUUGGAAUAUUUUGAAUUAUUUUAAAAAUACAACGGGACAUACUGUAUAUUGAUACUUUUUGAUUGGAAUUUGAAGCGAAAAAACUACGUAGGGUUCUGAUUUUGACCCUAAAACAUCUGCGAAACAAUAAUCGACGAAAAUAACGAACAUUUCACAUACUUUAAAAAAAAUAAUGAGACAUACUGUAUAUUUAUACACUUUGAUUUGGAAUUUUAAUAGGAUAGCCGUCCUAGGAAUUUGAUUUUCUUCCCAAGAAAUCUGCGGAACAAUGAUAUGGCGAAAUUCGAAACUUAUGAUUUCAUGAUCUUGAAAAAGCUUUCGAUCGAGUUCUAUAUCUUGAAUCGUGGUUUUGAAACCGGUGCCGUUAACAAAAUCUAACGCCCAAACGACCACGUUUUUGGAAAAAUUCUCUGAACCGUCAUGACGAAAAAUGUGGGACAUCCUAUAGUUUCGUAUUAUCUAUAAAAGAAGAAAUUCAAUUGUUUUAGAUCAAAAUAAUCACGGAGAAGCUGCGAAGGAUAACAAUCAUUUUUGACUCACUUGGAUUUUAAAAAACAAACGAAAAUGCAAAUUUUCAAUCAAUUGUCUGAAAUAUCGUAAAUAAAAAAAUGGGACAAACUUUAUACGCUUUAUAUUUAUUAUCGCACAAGAAAGAACAAAAUUGAUGGAGGUCUGAAAUUGGGGUUCGUAUAUUUAUUAAAAUACAGUGGAAAAUUUAGAAUAUUUUGAAUAACUUCAAAUAUACAAUGAGACAUACUGUAUAUUGAUACUUUUUUUAUUGGAAUUUAUAUCGAAAAAAUUACGAUUUUCACCCCAAGAAAUCUGUGAAACAAUAAUCGACGAUAAUAACGAUCAUUUCACAUACUUUAAAAAAUAUAAUGAGACAUACUGUAUAUUUAUACUUAGGAUUGGAAUUUUAAUCGGAUAGCAGACGCAGGAAUUUGAUUUUCAUCCCAAGAAAUCUGCAAAACAAUAAUCGACGAAAUUCGAAACUUAUGAUUCUAUGAUCUAGAAUAAUUUGAAUUAUUUCAAAUAUAUAAUGAGACAUACUGUAUAUUUGUAUCUUGGAUUGGUUUUGGUUAGAUGACGCAAAUAUUUUAUUUUUGCCCCAAUAAAUCUGCGAAAUAAUAAUGGACGAAAUUCGAAAUUUACGAUUCUAUGAUCUUGAAAAAGCGUUCGAUUGAGUUCUAUAUCUCGAAUUAUGUUCGGCUUUUUCCAAAAACAAAUUUGUUGAUAAAUAAUGGUGCUGGGAUUGGAUUUUCACCCCAAAAAAUCUGCGAUAUUAUAAAUUUAAUGAUUUCUUGAAUCUGAAAAAGCAUUCGAUCGUGUCCUAUAUCUCGAUUCGUGGUUGGAUUUUUUUUCAAAAACGACUUGUAUACUGAUACCGUUAAAAAAAUUUAAUGCCAAAACGAACAUGCCUUAGAAGAAUUAUGUAAAACGUCAAGAUACAUAAAGUGGGACAUCCUAUAGCUUCGAAUGAUAUUAUUUUCUAUAAAAGAAGAAAUUCGAUGAAACUCUGCAAUCGGGGUCGUAUAUUUUGAUCCUAAGACAUCUGCGAAACAAUAAUCGACGAAAAUAACGAACAUUUCACAUACUUUAAAAAAUAUAAUGAGACAUACUGUAUAUAUAUAUAUAUAUACACUUUGAAUUGGAAUUUUAAUCGGAUAGCCGUCGCAGGAAUUUGAUUUUCAUCCCAAGAAAUCUGCAAAACAAUAAUCGACGAAAUUCGAAACUUAUGAUUCUAUGAUGUUGAAAAAGCUUUCGAACCAGUUCUAUAUCUCGAAUUAUGUUCGGCUUUUUCCAAAAACAAAUUUGUUGAUAGAUAAUGGUGCUGGGAUUAGAUUUUCACCCCAAUAUCUGCGAAACAAUAAUCGACGAAAUUCGAAACUUAUGAUUUCAUGAUCUUGAAAAAGCUUUCGAUCGAGUCCUAUAUCUCGAACCGUGUUUUUAUAAUUUUUGGUCAUUAAUAAUGUUUUUAUUUCGUGAAAAAUUGUGGUAGUACGACGUGACAUGAACGUGAUUCUUCUUCUAUGUAUAAAAUUAUGGUAAAGGUUAUCGUGGUCAUUAAAUAAAUAGUAAUUGUUAUAAAUAUGAACAAAUAGCUAGUUCGGAAAUAACUGUUUUAAGAAAAUAUAAGAUAAAUAUAUAUAGUAGUGCAUUUUUAAGUGGGUAGUUUAUAUAUUUAGCUUCAUUUAAGAUGUUUAUUAGUUGAUAGAAUACUUACAAAAAAAAACAAUGUACCUAUCACAUCUCUGAAAACUGAGAAAAUAUAACACAUGAUAAAAAAUCCAA